CGCAGACGGGAAGUUGCUGCUGCCAGCAGGGCCAUACGCCACCCGGAGGCUGCAUAGGCCGCGCGGAGGGGACGCCGCGUCUCUGUCAGGGCUGUGGGCUGCCGCAGACCGGGAAGCGCCGGGCCGACCGAGGAUUUGUAGGAGGCAGGCAGGCAUGGUGAGGCCCAUUUCACUGACAGGAACACUGAGACAGGACGUGUCUCUCUCCAAGACGUUCAGCCGAUAAAAGCAGCCAAGCUGGAGCCCAAGGCCCAGUGUCCCGAGUCACAGCGGGGGGCGCCCUGCACCAACCAUGAGCCGUCUGCUCUGGAAGAAGGUGGCCAGCGCCACCGUCGGCUCAGGGCCAGUCCCAGCAACAGGACGCUGGGUCUCCAGCUCCGUCCUCGUCCCCGCCCCCAGCGACGGGCAGAUGCAGCAUCCGCAAGUGCCAUCCUCAGAGGGCGGGCAGCAGCGGCACAACCCAUUGCACAUCCAGAUGCUCUCGAGAGGGCUGCACGAGCAAAUCUUCGGGCACGGAGGGGAGAUGCCCGACGAGGCCGCGGUGCAACGCAGCGUCCAGCACCUACAGAAGCACGGGCUCUGGGGGCAGCCGGCCACGCCCUUGCCAGACGUGGAGCUGCGCCUGCCCCGGCUCUACGGGGACAACCUGGACCAGCACUUCCGCCUCCUGGCCCAGAAGCAGAGCCUGCCUUACCUGGAGGCGGCCAACUCGUUAUUGCAGGCCCAGCUGCCGCCCCAGCCCCAGAGCUGGGCCUGGGCGGAGGGCUGGACCCGCUACGGCCCCGAGGGGGAGGCCGAACCCGUGGCCAUCCCCGAGGAGCAGGCCCUGGUGUUCGACGUGGAGGUCUGCUUGGCAGAGGGAACCUGCCCCACAUUGGCGGUGGCCAUAUCCCCCUCGGCCUGGUAUUCCUGGUGCAGCCGGCGGCUGGUGGAAGAGCGUUACUCUUGGACCAGCCAGCUGUCGCCGGCUGACCUCAUCCCCCUGGAGGUCCCUGCUAGUACCAGCAAGUCUACCCAGCGGGAUUGGCAGGAACAGUUAGUGGUGGGGCACAACGUUUGCUUUGAUCGAGCCCAUAUCAGGGAGCAGUAUCUGACUCAGGGCUCCCGAAUGCGCUUUCUGGAUACCAUGAGCAUGCACAUGGCCAUCUCAGGGCUGAGCAGCUUCCAACGCAGUCUGUGGAUGGCAGCCAAGCAGGGCAAACACAAGGCCCAGCACUCUACACAGCGAGGCAAGAAGUCACAGAGGAAAGCCAAUGGCUCAGUGAUUUCAUCUUGGGACUGGAUGGAUAUCAGCAGUGCCAAUAAUCUGGCAGACGUGCACGGCCUGUAUGUGGGGGGACCUCCCUUAGAAAAGGAGCCUCGAGAACUGUUCAUCAAGGGCAGCAUGAGGGACAUCCGGGAGAACUUCCAGGAUCUGAUGCAGUAUUGUGCCCGGGAUGUGUGGGCCACCUAUGAGGUUUUCCAGCAGCAACUGCCACUCUUCUUGGAGAGGUGCCCCCACCCAGUGACUCUAGCAGGUAUGUUGGAGAUGGGUGUAUCCUACCUGCCUGUUAACCAGAACUGGGAGCGUUAUCUGGCGGAGGCACAGAGCACUUAUGAGGAGCUCCAGCGGGAGAUGAAGAAGUCAUUGAUGGAUCUGGCCAAUGAUGCCUGCCAGCUGGUCUCAGGAGAGAGGUACAAAGAAGACCCAUGGCUCUGGGACCUAGAGUGGGACCUGCAGGAGUUUAAGCAGAAAAAGACAAAAGUGAAGAAGAAGUCAGCCUCAUCUAGCAAAUUGCUCAUUAAGGGAGCUGGGCCUCAUGGGAAUCUCAUGGAUCAGGAAGACCCUGGACCGCCCAGUGAGGAAGAGGAGCUUCAACAAGACAUCAUGGCCCGUACCUGCUUGCAGCAGCUGAAGAAUACCACAGACCUCCUGCCUAAGCGGCCCCAGCACCUUCCUGGACAUCCUGGGUGGUACCGGAAGCUCUGCCCUCGGCUAGAUGACCCUGCAUGGACUCCAGGCCCCAGCCUCCUUAGCCUGCAGAUGCGGGUCACCCCCAAGCUCAUGGCGCUUACUUGGGAUGGUUUCCCUCUGCACUACUCAGAGUCUCAUGGUUGGGGUUAUCUGGUGCCUGGGCGGCGGGAUAACCUGGCUGAGGGUACCAUCCUGGAGUCAUCUGGGGUAGCCUUCCCCUACAGAGCUAUUGAGUCCUUGUAUAGGAAGCACUGUCUUGAACAGGGAAAGCAGCAACUGGAGACCCAGGAGACAGUCCUGGCUGAGGAAUUCUUGCUCACUGACAGUAGUGCCAUUUGGCAAACGGUAGAAGAACUGGGCAGUUUAGACUUGGCGGCCGAGUCCAAGAUGGAGAACUCAGUGCCAGGUCAACCCCUAGCCCUGCCUGUUGCUUGUGGCCCCCAAACCAGCCAGCCUACGUAUCACCAUGGCAAUGGACCUUACAAUGAUGUGGAUAUUCCUGGAUGCUGGUUUUUCAAGCUGCCUCACAAGGAUGGUAACAACUACAAUGUGGGCAGCCCCUUUGCCAAAGACUUCCUGCCCAAGAUGGAGGAUGGCACCCUACAGGCUGGCCCAGGAGGUGCCAGUGGACCUCGUGCCUUGGAAAUCAACAAAAUGAUUUCGUUUUGGAGAAAUGCUCAUAAACGUAUCAGCUCCCAGAUGGUAGUGUGGCUCCCCAAGUCAUCUCUGCCCCGUGCUGUGACCAGGCAUCCUGACUUUGAUGAGGAAGGCCGUUAUGGUGCCAUUUUGCCCCAGGUGGUAACUGCUGGCACCAUCACCCGCAGAGCUGUGGAGCCCACGUGGCUCACUGCCAGCAACGCUCGGCCUGACCGGGUAGGCAGUGAGUUGAAAGCAAUGGUGCAGGCCCCACCUGGCUAUGUCCUUGUGGGUGCUGAUGUGGAUUCACAGGAGCUGUGGAUUGCAGCUGUACUUGGAGAUGCCCACUUUGCUGGCAUGCAUGGCUGCACAGCUUUUGGUUGGAUGACACUACAGGGCAGGAAGAGCAGGGGCACCGAUUUACACAGCAAGACAGCCACAACAGUAGGCAUCAGCCGAGAGCAUGCUAAAGUCUUCAACUAUGGCCGGAUUUAUGGAGCUGGGCAGUCCUUUGCCGAGCGUCUGCUGAUGCAGUUUAAUCACCGGCUCACAAGGCAGGAGGCAGCUGAGAAGGCCCAGCAGAUGUAUGCCGUCACCAAAGGUCUCCGCCGGUAUCGCCUAUCUGAUGAGGGUGAAUGGCUGGUGAGACAGUUGGACCUCCCUGUGGAUAGGACUGAAGAUGGGUGGAUUUCCCUACAGGAUCUGCGAAAGAUCCAGAGAGAAGCUUCAAGGAAGUCACGCUGGAAGAAGUGGGAGGUAGUUGCCGAACGAGCAUGGACGGGGGGCACAGAAUCAGAAAUGUUUAACAAGUUGGAGAGCAUUGCCAUGUCUGACAUGCCACGCACCCCAGUGCUGGGCUGCUGCAUCAGUCGAGCCUUGGAACCCUCGGCUGUCCAGGGAGAGUUUAUGACCAGCCGUGUGAACUGGGUGGUGCAGAGCUCUGCAGUGGACUAUUUACACCUCAUGCUUGUGGCUAUGAAGUGGCUGUUUGAGGAAUUUGCUAUCAAUGGACGCUUCUGCAUCAGCAUACAUGAUGAGGUCCGAUAUCUGGUUCGGGAGGAGGACCGAUACCGUGCUGCUUUGGCUCUACAGAUCACCAACCUCCUGACCAGGUGUAUGUUUGCCUACAAGCUGGGUCUGAAUGAUCUGCCCCAGUCAGUCGCCUUUUUCAGUGCAGUAGAUAUUGACCAGUGCCUCAGGAAGGAAGUGACCAUGGAUUGUAAAACUCCUUCUAACCCAACUGGGAUGGAAAGGAGAUACGGGAUUCCCCAGGGUGAAGCACUGGAUAUUUACCAGAUAAUUGAACUCACCAAAGGCUCUUUGGAAAAAUGAAGCCAGCCUGGACCCUAGCUCUGCCUGGAGGCUCUCUCUGUAUUUGCUCCUGUGGAGCUUCAUCGGAGCAGUGCAGGUUCCCAAACUCAGGCUUUCAUAUGUGCUUUUUGCAAAAGGGCAUGCCUAAGGUAGACCCUUUUCAGUGGCAGGACCUGCCAAGAAGAUUCCUUCUCAGUGAAGGCACAGUUCAGUGGGUUCAGAACCAGGAUGCCAACAUUGGUGCAGGCUGUAGGGGAAGGGGCACUGUUGGGCACAAAGGAAGCAGAUGCCCCAAAGGUCACUUUAACUCAGGCAUUUCAUUUUUUUCUUUUCUUCUUGGCUGGUUCUCUGUCCUGUCCUGUGUGUGCUGGUGCAGUGUCCUAGAAGGAGAGAGUAAAGCUCUACUAUAAGAAACCUGCUCUAAGGCAGUGGAAAUAAAAACAAACACCUAAAAGUC